AUGUUGAGAACUUGCCAACUAAGCCAUGUGCGACUUAAGGAUCUCGCCCAUGACCUGAGUGGUGUGCGCAGUAAUAUGAUGUAUAAUCCAUUGUUUGCGGGCUUGCAUAAGCACCAUAUGACCUUUUCCAAAGACACUACUCUAAUCUCACUGGCUCACCAUACCCACUUGGGCAAGAGUUCAAAAGAAAACCAAGCAUUUUUACCUGAUAAUAUGGAUAUGGUUACAGUGGUUGAGGAAACAUCGGAAGAGCGAUUUGAGUUAAUGAUCUUAGGGUUCAUGUCGCUUUUGUUGACAGUAACUCAAAACACUAUAAUAGAAAUCUGCAUACCAGUGAGGGCUGCAGAUACUAUGCUUCCAUGUCGAAAACGCACUACCAAUGAUACUGCAAUUUUGGAUUCUUGCAGUGCCAAAAAUGCUAAUAAGGUUGCUUUAGUGUCAAAACAUGGAAUCCAUCAACUUCAUAUGUUCAUUUUUGUUCUUGCUGUCAUGCAAAUUGUGUACAGUUUUCUGACCGUGUCACUGGCAAGGGCUAAGAUGAGGCACUGGAAAGCUUGGGAUGAAGAGACUCAGACAAUCGAAUAUGAAAUUGCCAAUGAUGUUCCAUGCAUCUCUCAGGCUCACUUUUCAGCUAGAAACAGCAACUUCGAUUUCCAAAAUUACAUUGAACAGUCACUUGAGGAAGAUUUCAGAAUCAUAGUGAGCAUUAGCCCUGUGAUGUGGUUCACUGUUGUUAUUUUUUUGCUCGUGGAUGUACAUGGCUGGCAUGUGUAUCUCUGGUUAUCCUAUGUUCCCCUCUUGGUGGUUCUGGUUGUGGGAGCUAAACUUGAAGUCAUUGUCGACGAAAUGGCUCUUCAGAUGAAAGAUGUCAAUAAUGUAACCAAGGGAACCCCACUUGUUUGUCCAAGUGACAAAUUCUUCUGGGUGGUAGUUCAAGUCCUAUGCAGUUAUGUUACUCUUCCCCUCUAUGCACUAGUGGCACAGAUGGGUUCACAAGUGAAGAGCAAAGCGUUGGCUAAAAUUCUGAGGCAGUGGCAUGUCGAGGUGAGGCAGAGAAGGAGGAAGCAACAAAAAAUGGUGAAGUCUUUUAGUUUUAGGCACAUAAAUAUAUCCUCAGAAUGGAGCCAAGGAAAAAAGAGUGCCCCUGAGUUUGCUUCCGCACUAUGUGAAGGAAUUCGUUCCUCUAAUGAAGGAGAAAUUGUGGAAGAAUUAGACCAUACGGUGAAAACAAAGGCAAGCUCAUCAAGUAUACCUAGUGUUGUGUAA